UGAAGGACUGGUUUGUGUACAGUGUAAAGCCACACCUUCAGCCGUCCUGCCCAGUUGUUUCCAGCAGGUGAAAUUCUGUAAGGGACAAGUUCAGGGAACUUAUUCGCAUUCCAACAUCAGCCACUGACGUACUAAGGGCACUAGCAUAAACCAUGCCUUCCACCAUCAACAGGAAAUCAUAUCCUCCUGAGGCAGACAAGAGCAAGUCUAGUGUGGUAGAGGACAGCAAAAAGAAGACGUCCCUGCUGAAGGACAACAGCUGGAUCAAGAAAGAUGUGAAUGAUGACAAAGCAGUGGACCAAAAUUCAAACUUUGGAAGAAGUGUCCUGAGCCGGUUUAGAUCCUCUGAAAAUCUUAGCAGCUCUUCAGAGAAAAGCACCAGCACCAUCACCACCACCUCCUCCACAGUCAGUGCCACUGGUCCAUCAAGAAAAAAUGUCCAGUCCCUGACUAAAAGAUUCAGUGCAAGUCAGGAUGAACUGGAUUCAAGCAGCACUACUACUACGUCUUUCAAAAAUGGCACGAAGACAACUGUGACCACAAGCAGGACAUCUGUGAAGUCACCAAACAAAACGGAAACAUUCACUGAAAAGAUCGUCACAGACUCCAAGACUAAUUCUGGGAAAAUUCAAACUCAGCCACCUACACCUGUUGAGGCAACUACCAAAAGUGUUACCAAGAGAGAGACUGUCACUGUAACUACUUCCAAGGACAACACAGUUCAAGAGGACAUAAAAACUGUCAAACCUGCAAUACCACUCUCACCCACCAAGACAACCAAGACAGAGACUGUCAAAGUGAUUACUUCUAAGGAUAACACAGUGCAAGGAGACAACAAAACAGUCAAAUCAGUGACAACACCAACCUCACCCACUAAGAGUACCAAGACAGAGACUGUCACUGUGACUACUUUUAAGGACACCAUAGUUCAAGGGGACAUGAAAACUGUCAAACCUGCAACACCACUCUCACCCACAAAGACAACCAAGACAGAGACUGUCAAAGUGAUUACUUCUAAGGAUAACACAGUGCAAGGAGACAACAAAACAGCCAAAUCAGUGACAACACCAACCUCACCCACUAAGAGUACCAAGACAGAGACUGUCACUGUGACUACUUUUAAGGACACCAUAGUUCAAGAAGAGAGCAAAUCAGCUAAAUCAGCACUACCAGCCUCACCCACCAAGAGCAUUACAAGCACAACCUAUACAAGUACUACUCCAACUUCUAAGACAGAGUCCCAUACCUUCAGCUCCAAAUCCAGUGCUGAAGACCAGUUGUUUGACACCCUCAUACCCACAUCCAUCAAAUCAGCUCGUGCAUCGGACAGGCCUGAAGACUAUACUUCUGAAACCGUGGUCACCGAAUCCAUGAAGACCUACUCCUCCACAUCUGACAGUUAUGAAUAUAGAAGUCGUAGGGGCUCCACAAAAACCUACACUACAACAACUUACACAGAGAGCAGACCUGAAGAUCUAUCGGAUAUCUACAAAUCGAGAACUGUUGAAACGGUUUACACAUCACCUGAAAGGAAAAUCAUAGAGAGGGAUCUUUGCACAUACUGCCAGAAACCAAUGCUCUCUGAUACGAAGAUGAUUCUAGAGGAUGUGGAUAUAAAGUGCCAUGCUAGUUGUUUCAAGUGUGAUGCGUGUAAGAGGCCUCUUGGACACCUGAAGGCAGGGGACAGCAUGUGGUUGUACCGCCGCAGUGUGCACUGUGAGGCCUGCUUUGGUAUCACCAAGGGUAAAUGGCUUCACUGAGGACAAAACUACUGCAAAUCCGUGAAGCGCACAUACAUGAAGGAAUUUCACAUAAUGUUAAAAUAGUUUGAUAUGGUGAAGGAAAGAAAAACAGUUCUGUAUGCAUAUUGAAAGUACUCUCCCAGGGGUUUUAUUAAAAAUAACUAUUCAUUUGAUAUACAAAAAUGGAAAAAGACAGUUUGGGUGGUGGAUCUGUUGAAAAUGCAUGUGAGAGGGGAUUUAUUUCUUUAUUUUAUUAUAUAUAUAUUGUUCUUUUAAUAUCUCAUUUGCUAACUGAAGUGAACUACUGAAGUACUAAUUAACAAGUGCAGUAAAGUUAUGAGCCACGAUAUUUUGAUAUAUUAUAUCAGUGAAAUGUUGGGGCCAUUUCUUUGGGCUUCUUUUUAAUUUUUUUGUUUAAAAAUAAAAAUAUUACCCCAUGUUGGUUUGACCUGCCAAUAAAAUAUAUUUUUGAUUGGUGUAAA